AUGCAGAACCUGUCACUAGUAGAAAGUCUUGCUAAUACAGACACAUCACACCAGAUGUCUCUAAAAGAGCUAGCUAUUGAAGUUGGUGGUACAUCUCUCGAUGAUAGUGACUGUAAUUUGAACGAAAUGACAAAUAACGAAGAAAUUAAUCUUGAAGUAAUGCAGCAAGCCCUCCCUCUAAUGAAUAGCAAAGGGAGAAAUUGUCAGGGGUUUUCUGAGAGCAGUUAUAGUAUUACAGAACCCAGCAGUUCCUGGGGUGAUUUUGAAGGCUUCAGGGAGCCCUUAGAUAAAUCAGAAAGAUUGGGUCAUAAUCUUGAAGUUUUGGUGAAGUCAACGAAAACUUCUAGAGGUGAUAUGGACUUUAGCAGCGAACAUUGCAGUGCUUCUGCUGAUCACUUUUGUUCUGAGCCAUCUCUACACAGUGGGAUACAGAAGGCUUGUAGCUCUCUACAUAAGGCAAACCACAGCUAUGAGGAUAUAUUUAAGUUGGGCUUUCCAGAAGUCUUUGUAUCACAGUCCAGAGAGAGCAUAAAAAGCUUAGAUCAAGUACUUGAUACAAAUAAUGAAGACGUUGGGAUUCCUGAACUUAUGAAGAAUCAACUUUGCAUUGAUUCUGGAAACAUAUGGAGAACACUUAGAGACUUUGAUAAUACCCCCAGCUUAAGACAUCCCUGGAGUAAAUCUCAUUGCCAAGAAAACCUCAUGAGUGUUCUUGGAAUAGAUGCAAAUCAAAAGGACUUUUCUGAGAGCCAGGAUGGCAUUUUUGAAGAAUCAAGUAUUAAAGAUAAUGAGGACUUCGGAUUUGAUGGAUUCAGUAUUAAUGACUGCAAAGCACUGAUUCAGACCAAGCUGUCUGUAUCACCGGAUUCCAGGCAUGGUCAUCUUUUCACCUGUAACCUCUUUUUAAAAAACACAUCAUCAAAUGGAAACAUGCAAUAUAUAACAAUCCCAAGGAAGAAGCAUAUUUUUGCUACACACAACCUAAAAAUGAAGUUUUUCAGUAGUGAUGUUUGUUGAACCAAAUGCACUUUUU